AUGGCUCUCUUUACUCCUACGAACCAAAAACGGUUGACUAACAUAUCUGUAGUUCGCCUUAAAAAAGGUGGUAAUCGUUACGAGUUGGCAUGUUACCCAAACAAAGUGCAAGCUUGGCGAGACAAGCUUGAAACAAAUUUAGAUGAAGUUUUACAGGCUCAUUGUGUCUUCACGAAUGUCUCAAAAGGUCAGUUCGCUAACAAAAAGGAAAUGUAUGUACAUUUUUGCACAGAAGAUGAAAGACAAAUAAUAAAGACAAUACUAGAACAUGGAGAAUUACAACUCACAGAAAAGGAACGCCUUGUAGGACAACAGGCUUUGUUUAGAGAUGUGGCUAAAAUAGUGUCUGAAAGAUGCGUAAACCCUGAAAACAACCGGGCAUACACUGUCACGAUGAUAGAGAAGAUGAUGAAAGAUUGUCACAUAUCCCUGAAGGCUAAUAAAAGUGCUAAACAACAUGCUUUAGAGGUAAUUAAACAGUUACGGUCGGCUCCUGGAUUUAAAAUUGCUCCUUCAAUGAUGGAAGUGAAUAUUACCAUACAGAAAGACUCAUGUGAACCUGUUAUCGAGAGACUUUUGCAACUAUGCAAUGAUAUCAUACAACAAAGUGAAUCAUCCGAUGGACUUUACGACUUGACCGCUGUUGUUGAACCUGAGAAAUAUGGCUCUAUCGAAACACUUCUCCACAACGAAAUAAAGGUAAAAACAGAAGUUGGGGAAAGAAAAGUUGUGAAAAAUGUUCCAGAUAAAAAUGUUUCAUCUCAGUUGAAUGACAAUAGGAUUACUCAGUCAUCUGAAGCCUCAGUUUCUGUUGAAAAGAAAGGGAAAAAUACAUCCAAGAGAAAGAAUAAAAAAGGUUCCAAACAACUGCAGUUCUGUGAACAAGGAUUUAUUGAUAACAUUAUUGUUUUAAACUUUUGUGACGAUUACAAUAAGUAUAAUUACAACAUGAGUUUACUAAGAAAUGUUCAUCAUGUUCGAUUCGCUACCAAAAGUUUAUGGCAGACUUGUAAAACACUAAUAAAAGGUUUCGGUUUCACGCUCCACUGUUUGUUCAAAUGCGGUUCAGAAAUAAAUCUAGUGCUAAAAAGUAAUCAAUCGGUAAUAAUGCUUAGCGAAAUCAAAACAUUGUCCAGUGUUCAUCACCCAUUUAAGUACCAUUCAGAAAUCAGUAACUGGUAUACAAAACGUGAUGGACCAUGUGACAUUGCUUUAGAAGUAGUUGACGUGUAUGAAGUUUGUGAAAGGGUUUCCCGGUUUUCUGGGUUUGAGAACAUUCUUUUGGAACCUACUACUUAUGCUGAUUAUGAUGGAAAAAUUGUUUUAGGAGUAAUCAAGUCAUGUGUUGGGGAUUUGCUUCAUACGAUAGUUGACUCGUCACAGUAUAAAGGCUUGUUUUUGCCUGGAUACACAUCGGGACAGAGUGCAAAUGAUGACUUAAAGGAAGCACUAAAUAACAAUGGAUCGAAUCCCAAUUCUUUUGUGAAAUAUACUGACCAUAUAGCAAUCGCUGGGGAUAUUGGAGAUUCAGAUACUUUUAUGAAUUGGUACAAAACAGUAUUUGGAAUGAAACGCAUAUUCAUUAAUAUACAGGAUGAUGAAUCCCAAGGGUUUAUAGUAAAGUUCAAAAAUACUGGAAUGAUGUUGAAGGCAGUUUGUCAUAAAGAUCCAACUUCGAAUUCUGAUUAUCGUAAUGCAUGCAAAUUUGUCUUUGUUGAGCCCACGAAAGAUUCAGAACCUAGUCAAGUGACUCGAUUUCUACAAGCUAAUUCAGGUCCAGGCUUACAACACAUGGGACUCGCCAUUGAUAACAUUAUAGAUGUAGCAGCUACCUGUCAUCAAAAUGGUAUAAAAUUUAUCACUGCUCCAGACGUCUAUUAUGAAGCUGUAAGUUGUCUUGGAAAAAAUUCUCAAUUCUCAUGUUAUUAGUCAUUUUUAAUACGUAGUCCAUCAGUAAAGUACCUAUUGUUAACAGCCAAACAAUCAGAUAUGGACAACAGUUUAUAAGAUGCGAAUUGACCCGAUUUCUUACCUGUACAUUAAUCACUUCGAUCAAAAUAAUUGUAAACAUUGGAUGUAUUGGCUACUAAUCACUAAGUUAUCGAGCUGUUGAUCGGCUCGGUUUUAAGAUUGAAAUUUAUUAUUAUUUAUGGAGUAGAUGAUGCACUUUGCAAAAACAUAAGUGCAUGAAUUUAUUUUACUUUGAAAUGUAACUCCAUGAUGCGGAAAAGGUGUUUUCAAAUAUUAUAUGUAAUAUAAUUGUCACCUCUGUUGAGUCUGCGGUCCUACCGCUUAUACUUGGAAAACGGAACUACUAUUAUUCCCACGACUCAAAGUGUUAACAUAUAAACUGAUACAAUAAAAGGUUUAUUUAUCGAUUAUCCAAAACACGACGUCCACAGAGUCCAAUGUCUCAAUAUAGGGGACUUGGUACUAAUAUGGGAUGGAACGGUGGUUUACUAGGUAAAAUACUGUUCGACUAAAGGCUCAAAUCCCCCACUACAUACUUCGAUUUGAGUGGUCUCAUAAUAUUACUAACCUGUCACACAAACAGUGUCUCAAAGCUGAACACCUAAACUCUGAUUGACAAACGCUUUUUCUUACCUUUUUUCAGUAGUAAUAUGAGCUGAAGUAAUAAGACAAGAAAACAAUUUUCUGAGUAUUUAUAACCAUAAGAGCAAACUUUUUAAAAACAUAUAGGAUGCUUUAAUUUUCAUAUAGCAUACUCUUCAGUAAGAUUUAGCAAAACCUUUAUCGUGGUAUUUAUUCAUGUUCAAACUGGUCAAAUGGAUCUGUGAGUAAUGAGGCUCACGGGAUAAACUCAACCAGCAGUUGUAGACGUUGAGUGGUGUAGCUCAGAAUUGAUCAUUCUUUAUCUUUCUUUGGAUUCUGAAUUCUAUUAAUCGUACAUACAUAUAUUUUUGUUUUGAUAUAUAUUCUUAAUACGUUGUUUCGACUCCUUUAAUAUUCAUUUGUAACUUUAAUCUCGUCGUUGUUGUAUGCCAUGGCAACUUGGACUAAUAUACAUCUAUUCUAGGGUCUACGUUGAUUAUGUCCAGCUGAUUAAUCUGUGAGUAGUUAUCUCUAGACCGUUUUGUCGUUGGAUAAUAAACACAUGUCAGUUAGUAUCCAAGUUCAGAGUUGUAAUUGAAUUCAGUUUAAAUCAAGCAUUGCUUUCUUCCAUAUGACAGACUAUUAUAUAUUUUUCAAACAAGGCAAAAAAUCAUUUUGAAUAAAAUCUGUUUUAGUUAUCUCAGCGUAUCAACUUGAAAGAAUUUUCUUUGGAUUUAGAAAAACUUAAAACAACUGGCAUACUUGUAGAUAAAGAAUUAAACAAUGAAGGUUAUCAAAUAGGGUAAGUAAACAUAAUAAAGAUUUUUUUGUUAAGCCUAUACAAUUUACCAUAAUGUUGAGGUUGAUGUGAACAGAGAAACAAGAAGCCUUAACAAACAACAGAAGCUAUUUUUGAGGACGUUAUUUCAUUUAAUUCAAAGCUUGUAGAAUACUAAAAUUUAUUUUUGUCCCUAGUUUAUUCUACAGACCAUAAGCUUUCUUUUGAUAUAUGAUUUAUUACCAUAACCUUUUUUGUUGCGAAGCUGUUGUAAUUUAAACAUAAUCUUUUGUACUCGAUUUUCUACCUUAAUCCUCAGUUUUGGACGUAGUUAUAUUUUCCCAAUUGUUUCUGCGUUGUGGUCAUGUUAGUCAUCUAUUUCUUCAUGUAUCUUUUUACACUAAUCUGAAUCGGGACCAAAUCGGAAAAAAGAAUAAAUAAAAUACUGUUCUAGUUAACUCCUCUUUUCUCUCGGGCGCGCUUGUCAGCUAAUCACGUGAUAGAAUAGUUUUCGUUUCUCUACGCUCAAGCAGUUAGUUUCACUUCGAGCUCACGCUUACUAACCUCAGGGUUAAACCAACCAGUCAUCUUGUCAAGGUCUUAAUCUAGAUUGAGACAAGCUAUCUUCUACAUAUUAGUGGGUAGACAGAUCAAGGAAGUAACAGAAGUAUUGCUCAUGGUAAUUUUAACUUAACUGUUAGAACUUAUAAAUUUCAAAUAUUACCCUCCAUGUUUAAACCUUACUUUAUCAAAGUCAAUGUCAACAACUGGAAAGUAUCACUACAUUCUUCAUUCACAAAAUCGAAUGGACUAGCUUGAAUAUUUGUUUAUUGUUUUACCACAACCUAUUCUUUUUUUUUAAAAAAUUGUUUUAUGAUUUCACUUAUUAUCUGUAUCAAAUUAACUUUGUUUAUUUAAACAAAUCCUUAUAUCACUUCAUCGUUAUCAUUAGAUUAUGAUAUAGAUAUUACUCAAGCUAGCUCUUAAUAUCGUCCAUAUCACUUUAAUGAACAAAGACAAAUAAAUUUACUCGUAUUUAUUUUAACAAAGUUAGGCAGUUAAGAAUCGAAUGGAUUUGAAAUUUAUUGUAUACGUUACUGAAUAACAAAAUGAGAAUUCAGCGAGGAAAAUUUUUUUUCGACGAAAUCAUUUACUUAAGCUGUACAUUCGUAUAUAUAGUUAUAUGGAAAAGGUAUGUCUAUAGAAGGAUAGAAAGGAUUGUAUCACAAAAAUGGAUUCGAGAAUAAAUAACAAAUGAGCUUAACGUACUAAUCAAGGUGUAAGGAAGAACAGAAUUUAUGGGGUCAGAUAAUAGUCCAGUUGACAGAUAUGUAGAAAAGCGGCAAAUAACAAAGGUCAUAAUGAUAAACUGAAAACUUGUAUAAGGUAAUAAUAAUAAAUGAUUAGUUUUUUGUCUGGGCGACAUAACACUAAGUCCUGAUUUCUCCGAAGACCAGAUAAUUGAGAUUUAUGUUCUUUUGUGAGUAAUCGAUUAAUUGCAGGUGUGAAGCUUGCUCAUACAAGGGAGCAGGAAUUUUCCUUAUGGAUCGUCUUGACUAUGUUACCAAAAUAUCUUCGAUAUUAUCUGAUCCUGUCAAAUUCUUUAUUGAGACCAUUCAAAAAGACACAACUCAAAAAACUGAACAGAUGCUAGUUAAAAUCUUAAGAAAAUGAAAGAUGAUUCUAUUAUCAAUUGUGACCUCAAUGAACACCUCAAACUACGGGUUCCGUUAUACCAAGACUAUAUGAACUCCCAAAAGUUCAUAAGAAUAAUGUCUCACUACGUCCUAUACUUAAUAUGAACAACUCUCCUUAUCACUUGAUCGCUAAAUGGUUAGUUGACAUUUUACAUCCUGUUAAAAAUCAUAUCAAUAAAUACAAUUCUCUUGACUCCUUUGAAUUUGUCGACUCAAUUAGAAACAUCAACGUAACCGAAGUCUACUACAAAUAUUUACUGAACCAUUGUUUCAGAAAGAUGGGUUUUUCAUGGAAUUAAUUGAACGUCGUAAUCAGUCAACUGGUUUCGGUGAAAAUAAUAUCAAUGCUUUAUGGGAAGCAUUGGAAAUAUCACAAACAUUGUAAAAUUAUUUAGUCAAUUGUAUACCAUCAGUUUAAUAUUUCAUUUUUAGUCAGUUAUGUUAUAGAGUAUCAUAUUGUUUUCUUUAUCCCACUGUUUAUCGCCUCGCUUUCCAUCGGCACUUGAGAAAUAAGAUGCAGUUUUAUACUUACUUAACAGAGAACAACAGAUAUAGACUGAAAAAAAUUAAUACAUGGUUCGAAUAUGUAAUUGUUGUCUUAUUUUCAGUUUAAUAUUUAAAGGGAAAUGUAAAAGGUAGUUUUCGUCACGAAUGGACUGUAUAAAUCCUACUUUGCAUCUUUUCUAUGCACUUGCUCCUGUAAACACUUGUAAAUGUGUAAGUCUAAUUGGAUGCAAUAUUUGUAUAAUUAUCAGAAAUCUAGCAUUACAUAUUUAUUAACCACUGAAUACACUCUCUACCUUACCGAAUAGAUUGGUUUUGGUUGCGUAAACUAUGUUUAAUGCUUGAUAGUUCUAUUUCUAUACAAUAAUAUUCAGUUCUGUGGAGUUAAUAAAAUAAGGUUAGGAAUAAUGUAGGAAAGCUUUUCUUUGUCAUCAUGCUAAACAUACUAUAAAUAACAGAGAACUGUUUGGCGAGUCGAACCAGUUAGCUUCAUUCAAAAUAUAGGUUCAUUUAAUAGAUUUUACUGUUUUCUUCUUAACAUUUUUACAGUUUCUGAAUAUUAGUAGAUAGCAUUCGAAUUUUAUCUCCGGUUAUUUUGUUUUGUAAGGAACUUAUCAACAGAAUGUAAUUACACCAUAGUAAUUUAGAACAUUAACGUAAGUCAGUGGGAAAUUUUAAAUCACCAAUCUACUUCGUCGAAGAAGCACUAAUAACUAUGAUAUGUAGUCAGAGGUCUGAUUUCUUAAAAAUAAUGCAUACUCACAAGUGUAUUUGAGUAGUAUCACUCAUUGACUGUGUUUUAUUAAAAAUGAAUUGAGAAAAAAAACAUUGCCAGUUUAUAUUUAUUGGAUGUUUGAAUCUUCCCAUUAAUGUUUAGGAUUACAAUUGACCACCCGUUUUUAGCAUAUGUGGCUUUUGUGCGGAUUGCCUCGAUAUUAUCCUUAAUUCACGAGUAUUAUGACCAGAGGUGAGGGAUGUCUAUCAGUGGGGUCCAGGACUCACGUUUCGUCCCGUUUGCGACUCUUCAGUCGGAUGUACCUGCAUCUCAGCGUUAACGUCCAUUUCCGAACUUAGAACUUAUGACUUUGUAGCAACAUUGUUUCAGAUAGUUUAUCCUCUUUUGUUACUUGGUGUUUCUUUCAUCUAAAAAACGUCCAAACUGUCUUUAAUAUGUCUAAGUUGUCAUUAGUCUACCGAUUCGAAUGUAAUCUUUUAAACGAAAGUAAAAAUGUUUUCGAAUAUCAGUAACAUGACAAAUAAUAUGAAUAUAAAGAAAGUUUGACCAUCAACUAGUUAAAUAACUCGAAAAUAAGUAAGAAUUAACUAUACGAUAUGUCUUAAGGUUUGUAAUUUUCGGUAAAUUUGAAUUCUGAUCCCCAGUGCUAUCCAUGAUACCUUCUUUGCCCUAUUCGAAAGUUGUCAAAUGAGUGUACCUUCAUUCUGAGGUUUGCAUUUAUGCUGAGUCUUGAGCCCUGAAGCUAUCACUUCAAGUGCCAACGGGUUAUGUGUGAGCGAAUGAAUCCGAAUGAUCACUAGUUCAACCGAAAUUAUAAUGCAUUUGUUGACAUACCUAGCUACUCAUCAUGUUCCUCAAUACAAAGUUUUAGUUACAAAUUUUAGUGUCUUUAGCUUGCAGGUAGCAGUGGGAUCUAGUGUCUGCGUUUCUUUUUAUUUGAGAUUGAUCAGAUGAAUGUAAAUUGACCCUAGAGUUCUCAUAAUCGGGGACCCAAUAUUCUUUCUGUAGUAAAAUGAUCGUCCUGCAAUCUACUACCGACGUUUUUUAAAUUUGAAAUUCGCGAAUUGUAUCUUCGGUAUAAAACAUUAAAUGAUCCUUAAACCUACUAAAGUGUAUCGAUACCCUUCUAAGAUCACUUCCAAUUGUGCUUAUAAAUGUAUAUGUGCUCUUAAUGACAAGUACAUAAGAAGGACUAUAAGAAAAGCACUUAAAGGGCUUUCUGAACAUAUUCCUCGAAAACGGGAGAAAUGUAGUGCUUACAGGUGCAUUCACAAGACAUUUCAUGGACAGUGGACAAAGUGAAUAUCACAUGGACGUUUAAAAUACUUAACUAGCACGGAACAAUGCUUUGUAUAAGAAUUUGACAUCAAGGGAUUUCAACGUGACCCUUGUAUACAGAAAGAAAGUACAGUAAACCUAUCGUUGACAUGGUGAAAUAAUUAUAUCGUUGUAGUGUGCCAAGUGCAUAAUCCCUUUAACUUAUAUUUUAAACAUUCGGCCUUAUUAUUGCCCAUUUACUAUGAAAGUUGCGUUCUUCAUUUUAUAUCCCGGUUAUUAUUUGUGAUAUCACUCCUUUCUUUAAACGACUUCAUCUUCAGCACAUGAGUACUAAUUAAUCUUAACUAUUGCACUAAUUAUGUUGUUAUCUCUUCUAGUUUUUGGUGGUUUUUCGCUAUCGCUUCAAAUCCAAAUUUAUUGAAUAAAAAUAAAGAGUAUUCAGCGAAGAGAAUUACCUUUUCGAUUUAAUCAUUCACUUACACUGUAGAUUUUUAUCUAUAAUUGCUUGAUAAAGAAGGAACCGAUUUGGAAAAUUUCUUCAUAUGUACAGUAGAGCCAUUUAUACUAUCAUAUUGACAUAAAUAUUUUAUAAUCAGU